AAAGCCAUAAUUGAAAAUGUCGCUCACAUCAAUCAUUUGGCGACGAAAGCGGUACACACGGCACAAGAUUCUAAAAACAAAUAUCUUUACGGGUUUAGAACAUCACAACAGCUAGAGAUUCCCGCUGCAGUUGGCUUACUUGAUUGGCAUGGCUGCUAAAGCAGUUGAAUGGGUUCGCGGUAAUGAUGGAUGAAUCUGGCACUGCUAUCGAGACUGAAGGGCUUUUCUCCAAGCGCUCGUCCAGUAAUAUUCUCUCAGACCCACGAAUUCUUGAGCAUCUGAGAAUCGUCGCGGAGGAAGCUCAAAGUUUGGACAAGGAGCAGGAUGCCGAGUCCGAGUUUGCAGUUACUAAGCGCGAGCUGUCUGACAAAAUCACAGCUUAUAACAAAAGAAAUCAACUUGGAGCAUUCCGUAUUUUGCUCAAAGAGGACCUCAGUUUCGACGGAGCGCUGAGAUUUUACUUUGAAGAUGGAAAUGAGAAAUUGACCAAAGCCGUUCGCUUGACAAAUCAAACACUAGUCUCUGAGCUUCUACCUACGCUAAUCGAGAAAUUCAAGCCAGAUCUAGACCAAGCAUCUCUUGUGAAGAAAGCAAAAUUAUACGAAGUUCACGAUGAACUGGAGGACAGAGCAGCGGAUGAAAUAUGUCUAGAUCCUUCCGACAACCCACUCGACAUCGCACUUAAUGCUAAACGAACUCCACGGUUCGUCUUACGGCUAGAGUACGACCGCUCUCCGAACAACUCCGAGUCUCCGCCGAUCAACACUGCUCGGCAAAUCGAAACCUAUCGGAACAAUGUGAGCUCAUCACCAGUCAGUGUGCGGAGCACUGAGAGCGAACACAGUAAUAAGGCAAGUCCACGGUUUGCGAUAUCACCAAGCAGAGACUCUCCUACCUCCCCUCCCCUCCGCCCUGGCAGCUCAGGAAGUGACAAGAGUCGUAGCACUCCUCGGUCAGCGCUAGGGAUGUUUUUCGAUGGUGUCAGCGGUAAUUCAAGCCAGCAAGAUCGCAGUGCGCAUGCUUAUAGGGCCGUUCGUGGCAAACGACAGAGAAAGCGUUCUUUUGGGUCGCUACUGAAGCUCAAGAAAAGCGCUUCCAACAAGAAAACGCAAGAGCUCUCCACAAAUACCCUGGCGCCUGGGGUUCUAAAGGUGUUCGGUGAUCACGUGUGCCCGGGGUCAAACUACAAGAGUGUGCGCGCUACAGAGUUAACAACGGCCGUCGAUAUUGUCCGGGAGGCGCUCGAGAGGUAUUCGCUGAAAAUGGAACCUUCCGAAUACGUGCUUUGUGAUGUUAUAGGUUAUUUUAAGGGUUCCGACGGCUCUACGAAAAUAAGUUCCGAGCUCGAUACGAGUGAGGGUGACUCGGAGCAUUGGGUGACGGAGUACGCCCGAGUGAUCGGCGACAAGGAGAAACCGCUGGUUUUGCAGCAGCUAUGGAAACCGAUCACAGGCUUCUCUCGCAGAUUCGAGCUACGUAAGAAACUAGAGACGGAGAAGUCGUCGUUCUUUCAGCCUCGCAUGUCGGUUGCCGUGGUGAAAGCUGCGUCCACACGUGAGGUAAACAUUCCUAGCAGCGUACAGGAAGUACGCAUGCCAGACCCACCCCCCGCAGCCGUUAACCAUUUCCAGAGCUUCUGCUCGGAUGCGUCCACCCGGCCGUCCGUAGUAGUGUCUCCCUUCCUGCCCCCCACAGACACGCCCUUUCUUCUACUCCUCCGUGGCUACGGUAUCGAGGACGACUUCCUCUACCAUCGGCUUGAUGAGCAAAUGGCAGUUAUAGGCGCAAGCCCGCGUGUCAUUUGCCAGCACGGUAACCGUGGUGACCAGCAUCCAGACAUUUCAUUGGUUGCGCCUGAUGUCCUGCCGCACCACUGCAUCUUGAGUAAAAAAGUCGAGACAAGCGGAAAUGUGGACAUGGAUGAAUGUGAAGUAAACUUUGUGGUGUACCUCGAGCCCUACAAAGACGCUCUAAUACGCGUGAAUGGCAUGUCCGUCGUUACUCCGAUAAAGCUCACUCCCGGGGACUUGGUCUCCCUGGGCGAGUAUUAUGUGUUCAUGUUUAAAGACCCGACGCAUACUCUUGACAAAGAGCUGAAACUGCAUUGGCUAGACGUAUUACAAAAAAGUCACGCGCUACAUAAAGAUGGCGAUUAUUCUGUGGUGAAUGGGGAUGAUCAAACAGACAAGAUACGAUUUCCUUACAAAGUUGCUGACGAGGAGCGAAUGCUGCAAGUGGUCAUGGGACUGGUGGAUGAGGACGACAUUUACCCGUUAACACCCGCCUACCUUCUUUUACUGGCAGUCAAACACUCGGCUACGCAUCACACGGAUACUCAGACGCGGCAGCUUUUGCUGAGAAUCGCCAACGCUAUACAGACCAUCGUGUGGGAGAAGACAAGUGAUAUGUCUAACACUAUCGACAAGGACACGGCACCGUCAAAGGCGCUUCUUGAGCUAUUGCCGCAGCUCCGCCCUGUCAUCUGCUGGAUGGCUAACUGUCUUGAGAUGCUGCAUUACCUCCAGGCCAACCUGUCACGGUAUCUAGGCAACGCAUCACACCUCUCGGGCGGCGAGGAGGCGCUGUUAUCUGCAGAUGAGGAGAUGUUGAUUUGCCUGGAAGAGGUUGUCAUGUACAGCUUCCAACAGACCGUUUAUCACCUCACCAAGGUGCUGUACGUGGCGUUACCUGUGAUCCUGGACACGAAUCCAUUCCAGUUUGAAGACGAUGAUGACCAGGCAGGAAAGCACCCCCAAGAGGUGGAUAUGGUGGUCGGUAUAUUCAACUCCACGCACUUUCUGUUACGCGGGUGUGGUGUGCAUGAGGACAUAUCCCGCCAACUCUUUGCGUAUCUUUUCUUCUUUGCCAAUGCGUCGCUAUUCAAUACUCUUAUGGAACGAGGCGCGGGGGGAAAGUUUUACCGCUGGGCUAAAGGUGCGCAGAUUCGUGGUAACUUGGACGCACUGGAAGCGUGGGCGUCUCAGGUUGGACUGCAAGACGAAUACGUGCAUUAUCUACAAAGGCUGUCGACGGCGGUAGAUUUGCUCGCAACUCCAAAAGUACAGCUGCUGCAAGCAGACUGGCAGACUAUUCGCCGUGAUUUCCCAGCGUUAAACGCAGCACAAGUACAGCAGAUACUCGGGGAGUACCAGCUUGGAGGUGGAAAGACACGCCCUAGGGGCUGGUUCCCACCUCCGGAGGAAGUAGAGCCGGCACUCAGAACCGCGGACAUUCUGCUGAGUUUUGUUGACCACCCUCCACUUUCCCUGCCGACCGAUGGCUACUGCCUCGAUAUGGAGGAUAGCCCGGACAGUCCGGACUUUGACCGUCACUUGGCCGUCGUCAUGGAAACCCUGGGAAUGGGUCACGUGACAACAAGGAAUUGGAAGCGUCACAGAAGAUACCAAAAGACCGACACGGAAGCUGUAAUUAGCUCGCCCCAGGACUCCCAGGAGGAUGACCAUGAGGCUCCUGAUGUCAUCGUUUCGCCUGCGAACCCGCGACCGCUCGGCGGUACAGAUCAGCCUUGCUUAAAAACUGGCAGAACAAAAGCUGAAAUCUCCAACAAAUACUUACAUGAAACAGACGCAGGAAUGUCUUCCCCUGUGCGUGCCACAAACGGCCGUAGUUCGGCUGUAUCCGAAAGAUCUCCGAAUGUCACCUCCCACAAGGACCAUAGUUCGGCUUUAUCCGAAAUAUCUCCGAAUAUCACGUCACAGAAGAGCCAUACUUCGGCUGAUUCGACGCCGGCGAGGUCUCCUCCUGGUAGCAUCAAUGGAUCUCCUGGAAGAUCAGGGUCAAUGACGUCAUCGGUAUCCAGUCUCUCGAGUAGCGGGACGCGGGACGGUAUACGGGACGACAAUCAUAAUGUAGCGUCGAGGGUAGCGCAGAAGGAGAACGACGAUGGCAGUAAAUGGGUCGAGGUGAACGGAUCGGCGGGCAGUGACACACCCAGUGGUUUAUCAGUGUUACCAUUUGAAGACGAUAACAAAGAUAGCGGCAGCCAAUCAAUUGACGCAACUCCGAUCAUGGACCAGCUCUUCAAGAUUCAGCGGGGUGCUCACGUGACAGGAAGUGACGUAGAGUACAAGCUAGAAGGCAUGCGUGCUGGGGAUGAUACUCAAGAUGACGUAUUUAUUGUCGAGCUGCAUAGGACUGAAUCAAGCAUCGGUUUGGGUCUCAUUGAUGGGCUGUACACUCCACUGAGGUCACCAGGAAUUUAUGUGAAGACUUUGGUGCCAGGAGGCCCCGCCAUGAAGGAUGGUCGUCUGCGCCUUGGAGAUCGCAUUCUCGCAGUUAAUGGUACAAGCCUCGUUGGCGCUGACUAUCAAAGUGCGAUGCAGCACAUCCGUCAAGCUGGCCAGCACUUGUCUUUCCUUGUUGCCAAAUCCGACAUUCACGUUGCUAUGAAGAUCACUGCAUCUAGUUGCUAGCGGCAUCUACUUGGAAUUGAGAUUUAUCGCAUCUAGUUGCUAGCGGCAUCUACGUAGAAAUGAGACUCAUUGCAUCCAGUUGCUAGCGGCAUCUACGUGGAAAUGAGAUUUAUCGCAUCCAGUUGCUAGCGGCAUCAACGUGGAAAUGAGAUUCAUCGCAUCCAGUUGCUAGCGGCAUCUACGUGAAAAUAAGACUCAUUGCAUCUAGUUUUGGAAAUGCAAAUUGCAAGGUCCGUUCAUCUAAACGAUAGCUCUGUUUGCAUGAAAUUGAAAAUCUCGGCAUCUUUAUUAAAACACCGUAACGAAAGGAAGAUGCCUUUAUAUAAGACACAGUGUCCAAAUGUGUACGAAACAAUAAAAGUAAUUGGUAUUGA